AUGGAUCGUGAAAAAUUCCAAAUACCCUCGUUACUGUGUACAGCUGACCAAAAUGGAGCUGUACAUGGGAUCAAACCUUGCGAGAACAGCGCCUCAUCGAAGACCGCUCUGUGCAGCGAGCUGGACAACACCGACAAGCUCGAAAACGAACAUGAUUGGGUCUCAGAAACCUCCUUCCUAGGGGGAAGCAAAUCCGGUGAGUCCGGAAAAUGCGUUCAUCACGAGACGUGCUACUGUAACGAGACCUUCUUGAUAAACCAUCUCGGUGAAAAUGGCGUCGUAUUUAACAACAACAACACCCUCUCCCUACUCGACGAGUUGCUAGACGCGACUCAAGUGAACGGACCAUGGCUAGUGGAGCAUCCUCUACCUCUCCCGAUCUGGGCGACGGAUCCGAAACAGAUCCUCAAGUUCGAAUCGGUAUGGCACUACGAGAAAUUUGUGUCCCAGCUCGAGGUGCACAUCCAGCAGGUUUUGGAACGACACAAUUACAACACCAUCGGUAAUUUUAUGGCGCUAUACCAGAGUUUUAAAGGAAGUGGAUGUUACAAUCUUCGUGAUUACCUUCACAUGUACUCCCCACCAAUCACCUCACUCCAUCACACUUGCGUAGGCCUCGCUUUGGAAUUGUGGACCAAACUUGUAGAACUCAACGAGAAAUAUCCCUCCCUUAGCAACUACCUUUACCUAGCGUCUUGCGAAGAAAAUAUCGAAACCGUCGACGACUACGUCCAACUGGGCGACGGUCUGGAGGCGGUCUCCACCUCCCUAGAGAAAGAGCACGUCCUUCUCGCCUUGCGCUUCGAAAUAGCCGGCCGCUACGGCGUUCUGCUCUGCGAUCCGGGCUAUCACAUCAGCCGGGCGAUCACCGUCAUGCAAGACCAACUUUACCCGCACACCGGUCAGUUUGUCCAAUCGCGCGAGGCGCACGCGCGAAAGGAGUACAACUACACCUUUUCGGCGAACUCGACGUUCGUGCAGUGGAGCGAGACUGUGACGAACGCGAACGGCGUCAAGGCGUACGACACGGCGCUCGUCUACAUCUCCCGACCGUAUCUAACCGCCGUGGACGUCACAGAACGUCGAAACCUCGUCUACAAUUUCCGCAGUUUGCUGUCGCGCGAUUCCAAGGGAGGCCUCAAGGCCGGCAUUUAUUUUAAACUUAAAGAGAACCACGACGAAUUUACCAUUUUCUACCAAAAUGGGGGCGUUAAGAAGAGGUUGAAGUACAAUUUCGGAUCAUUCGCGUAUCCGAUCGAAGAGACGACAAAGAAAGUGGUGAGAGAGUGCAGUCUCCAAUUGAAUUUGGCGGAAGACGCGUUGGAAUGCAUUUUAAUAUCACUCGCACAGGUACUCUCGGACCAGAGCUACAUCAAGCAGCUUCUGGAAAUUAAUUGCGAAAUUAACAAUCUCGCAGAAGACAACUAGCAGAUAGCAAAUACAGAUUUACACUUUUCCACUUUAGUUGUAGUUUUCUUUGUUUAUUUGGGAUUUUUGGGUUUCUGUCACAUUCUGUUGAAUUUCUUGUAGGUUUAGUCUUGUAAUAUAAUUCCAUCGAUUGCUUAUUAAAGAUUUAAGUUGUCGCUUCUGAUCUUCUUGUAAUACGAAGAGUUUUAUUUUGCGAUUUUGAAAAUGCUGAUUCUACUCUUCUAAAACGAUGAAUUGAAUUCUUGAAUAUAAUUAACAAAGGUUAUAAUCAUAUUCUCUAGCAUACGUUUCAAAGUUCGUUAUUGCAGCAUGCUCCUAUUUAAUCCGUUUACAUUUAUAAGCUGUACUGUGCUAUAAGCUGGAAAUAAAUGAGAAUGCUUACGU